GGAUCAUGGUUUACCACUUGUAUCCGUCUUUUAGACAAGUUAUAUUUCUUUUCGUUUAAUUUUGUUUGUUUUUUAACGCAAGACAUCUGUCAAGGGGUUUGUACGCAUCACAAUCCAGCUGCAACAACAAUAGCAACGUCAGGAGUAACCGCAGCCACUACGAAAAAAAGGACAAGUUUCAACAUAGCAGAUCCUACUUAUUUUUCUUCAGGUUUGCACAGUUAUAUGUAUCUUUAGUACCUUCACCGCAUGUUUUAUUAAGUCAUGCCAGCGUCCAUGAUUCACAGACACAUACUUCAAACCACGUAGAUGGAUGAAUGGAUGGCUAGAUAAACAACUAAUCAAAUAAAACAAAAAACUGAUACAAAUUAAAUCAACUGAUUUAAUAUCUGGAAAAAAAGAAGUAUAACUUGCCGCCGGUGGUCCUUGACUCUGACGUAAUCAUUAGGUGAUUUUCUAUUACUGAAGCCUAGUCGUGCAAUACGCCCUAGAAACCCAAGAAGUACGUAAUCAGAUAUUAACUAUUCUAUUCUUCUCUUGACAGAUAUUACGACUUUAGCGAAAACGUCGAGUUUAAGUGAGCGAAAAACUGCAAAAAAAGAUUCAUCCACAGUUGUCAUUGUAGCAGCGUCUCUAGGAACAGUGCUAUUUGUUGCA